CCGACAUUUUCAACAGCACUAUCCUCUCGGACGAGUAUUACGUGUUCCCCGUCGACGCCUCCUCGGCCAUGUGCCUGGAUGUCCUACAGGCUGAUUCUUCAGACAUUGGAGGCGUUCGCUUCCAUGAUUUUACCACCCACGAGCAGCAACAGCUGUUGCAGUACCAGCAACAUCCCGAUUCCCCCUCGUCGACCCACGAGUAUGGGUCCAGGAGUCCUAGUGGGUCUUCUGACAGCGGAAAGCAAUACAAGCCUCAAUACACGGCAGAGCUAGAGGUGUUGUGCCGGAUCUGCGGAGACAGAGCCUCGGGUUUCCACUACGGGGUGCAUUCCUGUGAAGGUUGCAAGGGCUUUUUCCGACGCACGCUGAAGAAGCAGCUGGUGUAUAAGCCUUGCCAGGCUGGGUCCCGGUGUAAGAUCGACACGGGAACCAGGAACAAAUGUCAGUACUGCCGCUACCAGAGAUGUCUUUUUGCUGGCAUGUCCCAGGACGCGGUCAGGUUUGGGCGCAUGCCAAAAGUGGAGCGGGAGAAACUGCUCGCAGAUCGUGAGGAACUCAACUGCACAAGCUCCAGACGAAUCGUUGAACUUCGCUCCCUAACAGACCUCAUCAAGGCUGCCUUCAGGGACACCUUCAACAGCACCAUCUUCUUCAAGCACCAACAACCACAGCAUAAGCAUCAACCUCAUCAGCAUCAUCAUCAGCAUCAGCAAACUCACCAACAUCAACACCAUCAACCUGCAUAUACAUUCUCACAGAUGAAUUUGUCAGGGGCAGCCACUCCGUUUUACAUUUCAUCACAGUUACUGUCUCCUGCUUCACAGUCUACCCCGUCAUCCCCCACUGGAGCGGUAAACGAAAAUAUACCAGCUGAGCCCGUAGAAGUCCUUGACACGCUGACCACAGACCAGUUCUUCUCCCGUGGCGUGUUUGGUCGGUUCCAGGAGCUAGCGCUGCCCGUCAUGGAGGGCAGCGUUCGGUUUGCCAAGAAGAUCCCCGGAUUUACUUCCCUUGCCAUGAGAGACCAGAUCAUGUUGAUGAAGCGAAACGGAUUCAUGGUCGUUCAUCUAGCUCUCCAUUCGGUGAUCACGCCAAGUUUUGUUCAGAUGGAUACUUUAGCCGGAAGUUUGCGGAUCAGAAGAAAUUCUUUCUACAUCUGCGAACAAAUGGCCUGGUUGCUAGGACACGCCAUGGUUGUCAUGGAUAAAGUGCAGGCCUUCAGUUUGACAACUGGCGAGAUGGCGCUCUUUUCUGCCGUGCUGCUAACUCAGGACUGUCUCGGUCUGUCUGCGCCACAGAAUGUUGAGGAUCUGCAGGCCAACCUCAUUGAGGCCUUACGACUGGAGCUGAAACACAACCAUCCCAAAGACAAGGCCACGUCUUUCGAUCCCACCCCUGACUUCUGUCACGUGAUGCCGCUCCUGAAGGAAAUAUUUGACCUGGACAACCCCCAAACGUCAGCCGCCUCAUCGUCUUCGUCGCCAUCAUCGCUAUCGACAUCAUCAUUAUAA